UUUCCACACCAAAGCAUUUCAUACAAUCGAAGCAUGGCCAAGAAGACGUUGGCAGAACAGAUCGCGGAGUUAACCGCUCCAAAGACAGACUUUGAUAUAGAAGACAACGAUCUUAAGCAGGAUGUCUUUGCAAAUGAGAACGAAGAGAGCGGAGCCUCCGAUCAGGAAGACGACUCUUUGCGGAACGAGCAUUACGUGGCGGUUUCAAAGUCGAAGUUGAGAGAAAAGAAUAGUAGUGUGAAUUUGGGCAAGAAGUACAACGGAAGCGUUGCCAGUAGAAGUGACUUAUAUGGCGAUGGAGAUGAAAAUGAUGAAGAAGAUGAAGAAGAUGAAGACGAUGAUGAUGAAGACGAUGAUGAUGAAGAUGAAGAUGAAGAUGAAGACGAUGAUGAACUUGAAGAAAAUGAAGACGAAGAAAACGAUAGUGAUUCUGGAGGAGAAGAAGAAUCAGACGAAGAAACCCAAGACUUGCAAGACAAAAGAUCUAGACUUAAGUCGUUAAUGUCACAAGAAAGAAGUCAUAUUGUCAACAGAUUGUCUCAGUCGGCCACCAAUGACUCCUUGAAAGGAUUUGCCAUUUCCCAGCAGCAUAGCACCUUUGACAAGAUCAUCGAUGCCAGAUUAAAGAUUCAGAAGUCCAUCACCAACGCCAAUUUGUUGCCCCCUAACUCUGAUACCUUGUCCAACAGCGAUAUUUCUAGUAAGAAAACGUCAAAAUACUUGCUGAAAGCCAAGGAGGAUGUUUUUGCAUUACUUGAGAGCAUAAUGUCUUUAAGAUCUGAGCUACUCAAAAAAGACAACAUCACCGCAGAGCCUGUAGUCUAUAACCCCAGAAAGAGGUCUCUUGAAGAGUUCUCUAACACCACAGAAAAAUUUGAUAGCAUUUUAGACAAGUUCCGUUCUGGAGCAUUGACAAAGUGGUCAGCUAAAGUGCAGAAUGCCUCUGGAGCCACAGCCAUCAAUGCUGGAAAGUUCAAGUCUAUUAACCAGUCCUUUGAACAACAAGUAUCCAACAAUUUGGCUGACAUGGAACGCUUGGUGAAACGUACAAAGUUAAACAGAAGACAAAUAUCACCUCUAGGCUACGAAUACUAUAAAUCUACCAAAGAAGAGACUGGAGAGGAUGAUAAUGAUAAUGAUGAAGAAGACGAAAACCCAGACAUUCCCAGAGAACAAACCGAGUCUGCCAAUAAGAAUGCCGAAAUAGACGAGAUCUUUGAUGAUGAAGAUUUUUACAGAGUGUUGCUUAACGACUUGGUGGAUAAGAAGAUUCAAUCCAGUGAUCCUACUUCAGGUAUGACGCUUUCAUUGAGAACAGCUCAGAAGGCUCACAAGAUGAAAAAGAAUAUCGACACCAAGGCUUCUAAGGGAAGAAAACUUAAGUUUCAGGUCCAAGAACAGAUUGCUAACUUCGAGACUCCCAGAGAAAGCUGGAGAUGGGAUGAUAAUCAAAUCGAUGAGUUUUUUGCUUCUUUGUUGGGCCAGAAGGUGAACAUGAACGAAAUUGAUGAGCAAGACAAUGAAGAAGCUGAGAGUGAAGAC